AUGUUCGGUGAUUGUUUUCUUAGUUUUGUAUCAUUUCUCUAAGAUGUUACACUUUAGUUCUUACAAGAAAAUAAUAUAAUAUAAGUUGCUAGCCUAUUUUCAUGCUAUAACACCUAAUUGACAUAGAAUUGGCUUGUCAUAUUUGUGUUUUACUCUUUGCUAAAGAUUUGAUUAAUGCUUCAAACUUUACUAAUACCACUCUAAAACUAAUGGCAAAACUAAGGUGUUAAAUGAGAUGCUUAGUAAUUUGAUUUGCUAUAUUUCAGGAGAGAAAUCAAAGUACAUGGACUUAUCUCAAGAAGAAUUUUAUGACAGAUUGGUGGGGAACGGGACCUGUCUCCACCACUGCACGAGCUCGAGGCGAUAGAGGAGACCCUGCCCUCACGUGUCCAGCCAGAUCGAGGAGCACGAGCAAAGACGAAGGACCCCCGGUUCCGCUAUACUGCCUGA